UCCCGCCCCCAGGUUGAUUGGACUAUGCGAUUGGCCCAAAUGCGGAAGGGUCGCAGUGCUUGAUAGGAAAGGGAUGACAUGGCGACUGAGCCGACUAAGUCAGAGAUAUUGACCGUAUUUAAACGACUCAGAGCGACCCCCACCAACAAGUCCUGCUUUGACUGCGGUGCCAAGAAUCCCAGCUGGGCCAGUAUUCCUUAUGGCGUCUUCCUUUGCAUUGACUGCUCUGGGAUCCACCGAUCUUUGGGGGUUCACCUGAGCUUCAUCAGGUCUACGGAGUUAGAUUCCAAUUGGAGCUGGUUUCAGCUGAGAUGUAUGCAAGUGGGAGGCAACGCCAAUGCUAAUGCCUUCUUCCACCAACAUAGUUGCACCACCAAUGACACUAAUGCAAAAUACAACAGCCGUAGUGCUCAGAUGUACAGGGAGAAGAUCCGGCAGCUGGCCAAUGCUGCUAUGACUCGGCAUGGAACUGAUAUUUGGAUAGAUGGGAUGACCUCCUCUCUUGCACAUUCACCAGAAAAGAAAGAGUCUGACUUCUUUGCUGAGAUGACCCAGUCUUCCAGCUCCUGGGAUGCAACACCAGCUACAGAACCAGUGUCUGAGACGAGCUUGUCUGAUAGAAAAAGCCCUACUAAUGUUUCUGAGAACAGUUCACCCCAGCCAUUAGAAUCUGGCCCGAGUGUUGACAUUCUGAGCACAUCACCCAAAGCUCCAGUGGACCUGGCCAUGUGCCUUUCUGUUCAGGAGCUGUUCCCAAGCACAGAGGUAAAACCCACACUUAUUGGCAAGAAGAAACCAGCAACUGCAAAGAAAGGGCUGGGGGCCAAGAAAGGUUUGGGUGCCCAGAAGGUGAGCGGCCAAAGUUUUAGUGAGAUUGAGAAACGGGCACAGGUGGCAGAAAAACUGAGAGAGCAGCAAGCAGCUGAGUUACGAAAGGAAGCUGAAGAAUCUCUUGUCUCUUCUAUGAGGCUGGCCUAUCAAGAACUGCAGAUUGACCUUAAGAAGGAAGAGAAAAAGAUUCAGAAUCUGGAUGGGAAGAAACGUGAGCAAGCUGAGCGACUUGGCAUGGGCCUAGCUCCCCGCAGCUCCAUAUCGCACUCGGUCCUCUCAGAGAUGCAUGUGAUUGAGCAAGAGACCCCAGUGGCUACAAAAUCCUCACGCUCCCAGCUUGACUUAUUGGAGGACUCCAGCUUUACCUCUCAACCACCCAAGUAUAAGGACAACCCAUUUUCACUCGGUGACAGCUUUGGCUCACGAUGGGACACAGAAAGUUCGUCAUGGGGAGUUUCUGAUAAGGGGGAAGAGGAGAGAGAGGUUACGAUCUCCAGUAUCCAACCUGCACGAGACAGACCUGCAAGCAGAAGAAAGCCGGAGGGAACCCCUGCUCCAGAAUCCAAUGAAGCAAGAGUCAAAUUCGCUAGUGCAAAAGCAAUCUCAUCUGACAUGUUCUUCGGUCGAGAGCAGGAUGCAGAGUAUGAAGCAAGAUCGCGUCUGCAACAACUAUCCUCCAGUAACUCCAUAAGCUCAGCAGACCUGUUUGGAGACUCCGACUCAUUGUCAGGGGGAGUUUCUCUGGGAAAUGUGAUCCCAGCUUCAGACAUGACACACUUCAAGCAAGGAGUGAAAUCUGUUGCUGGCAAGAUGGCUGUUUUAGCAAAUGGUGUGAUGAAUUCCUUGCAGGAUCGAUACAGCUCCUAUUAAAAUAAAAGCAAGCGAAAGGAGAUGAAAACCAGCACCUGUAGCAUUUGGCCUUCGUAAUAUCUGGGUUAGGGAAGAAAUGUGAGUCUGAGGUGGAGAAAGUAAUCUAUGCUUUUCUAGUGGAAGCCCAAACACCUUUUUAUUUCAGAAAGUGACCACUUCAGUGUUCCCGUAUCCCUAGCCAUAAGCCCAGUUUAGGAGCAUCCUUCUCCAUUCAGAUUGUCUGCAAUUGCUUACCUCCGGUCAGCAGCUCCUGACUUACUGGGAAGGUUCAGCUGCCGCCUUGUUUUUAGGGGAUACUCAUGCAGUGUUUUAACUUAAGUUUUGCAUUAGUGUAAGAUAUUUGGGAUCUCUUUGUAGCAUGACCUGCUUGCGUGUUUUAUAGAUUGAGGGCUUAUGGGAGAUUGAUGUUCAGAGAUGUGUGGGUGCGCAAUGAGAAGAAACCUCAUUUUAGAAAAUUAGUGACUUACCUCUCUGAGGCCACACACCCCUGUUUAUGACUAAACUCCCAUUUUGUGCCUCCUUAAUCCCUCUCCUUCAUAAUCCUCUGAACUGAGACUUGACCUCUAUGCUUUUAGUCCUUUAUGGACAAGAUUACUGAUCAUGGACCUCAACUGCCUUCUUGCAGAGACUCUGCAGUAACUGAUGUGGUGGCCGAGCUUCCAUAGAGACAGGCUGCAUGAGUAUUUAUUUUGUUGUCUCUGCAUGGAUGGCACACAUGAAACGCGCCUUUCUGGGCAUAUAAAUUGAGCUACAUCACCAGUCACUUCUGUGGCACAUAAUAUGUGGUAAACAAAAUAGAAGUGAAUAAAAUUUACCAACACA